AUAGUCCUACACUGGUGGCCAUCAACAGGUACGUAUAGUCCUACACUGGUGGCCAUCAACAGGUACGUAUAGUCCUACACUGGUGGCCAUCAACAGGUACGUAUAGUCCUACACUGGUGGCCAUCAACAGGUACGUAUAGUCCUACACUGGUGGCCAUCAACAGGUACGUAUAGUCCUACACUGGUGGCCAUCAACAGGUACGUAUAGUCCUACACUGGUGGCCAUCAACAGGUACGUAUAGUCCUACACUGGUGGCCAUCAACAGGUACGUAUAGUCCUACACUGGUGGCCAUCAACAGGUACGUAUAGUCCUACACUGGUGGCCAUCAACAGGUACGUAUAGUCCUACACUGGUGGCCAUCAACAGGUACGUAUAGUCCUACACUGGUGGCCAUCAACAGGUACGUAUAGUCCUACACUGGUGGCCAUCAAGAGGUACGUAUAGUCCUACACUGGUGGCCAUCAACAGGUACGUAUAGUCCUACACUGGUGGCCAUCAACAGGUACGUAUAGUCCUACACUGGUGGCCAUCAAGAGGUACGUAUAGUCCUACACUGGUGGCCAUCAACAGGUACGUAUAGUCCUACACUGGUGGCCAUCAACAGGUACGUAUAGUCCUACACUGGUGGCCAUCAACAGGUACGUAUAGUCCUACACUGGUGGCCAUCAACAGGUACGUAUAGUCCUACACUGGUGGCCAUCAACAGGUACGUAUAGUCCUACACUGGUGGCCAUCAACAGGUACGUAUAGUCCUACACUGGUGGCCAUCAACAGGUACGUAUAGUCCUACACUGGUGGCCAUCAACAGGUACGUAUAGUCCUACACUGGUGGCCAUCAACAGGUACGUAUAGUCCUACACUGGUGGCCAUCAACAGGUACGUAUAGUCCUACACUGGUGGCCAUCAACAGGUACGUAUAGUCCUACACUGGUGGCCAUCAACAGGUACGUAUAGUCCUACACUGGUGGCCAUCAACAGGUACGUAUAGUCCUACACUGGUGGCCAUCAACAGGUACGUGCGUAUAGUACUAAUAAACUAGUCAAGGGUCUGGGUGGUUUGUUUGUUUACUCACAUGGGUUUGUUCUGAGAGGCUAAGGCGUCAGUAUGCUUCAGUUUGGCUUCGGCUAGGCGAAACCGAACGAGUGUGCUCACAUAAUCCCUUAAAAGACUUUCGCUUGAAAAACAAGAAAAAAGCAGCAAUAGUACUGUUGGUCAAUUUUGAGACGCCAUAGCCAGUAUACACUUCCUCAAAAUAGUCCGAAUUAAUCUAAUAUAACUCAAGAAAUCUGUCAUUAAUUUUGGUGUUUUUGCAUAAGAGAUCUUAGUCGCGUAAUUUUACAUUAAGAUCUUUGGUGCAGUAUUUCUCAAUUAAAAAAUGUGCAUGAAAACGAGUAGUCUCUUCUUGAAAGACUUUAUUGAAGAAUCCUUACUGUUGACCUAUCACUGACGAAGGGGCGUCGACUUCGGCUACCGACUUCGGCUUGCCUCAAGAAAAAUGUUGUGUGCCCGAACAGCUGAAAAAACCCUUACCGAUGUCCAAAACUAACAAAAACAUCACAAAAUGUCAUCAUAAUAUAUGCACAAACUCUUCCGUACUGUUUCGGGAGGGAAGCAUGCAGACGCCUUAAGUGUUCUCACAAGCGGCCAUUUUGAAGCACAUAAGUGCACUACCAUCCUAAAAUACACCUUCAUGAGUCAUGAUGACUGAAACACCUUCAUGCCUGGCAAAACGUAGUAACAAGGAAGUGUAUAUUCAGCCGACAGAAAGGGAAGGGUUAAGCAUAGGGAUCGAUAUUGGUUAAGUUCAGGAUUAAUGUUAGGCUUAAGGUUAGGUUUAAGGUAACCACAUUCUGGAACCAUACACAAUUCUCUGGCUGUAUAAUGCCUAACUACAAACAAAUCCGGCUGAAGUCUCACUUUAGGUUUCCCCAUGACUAAGGCAAGCCAGCUUACAACUCUGCCUUUCAUCAUGGAGGGUAGGUUGAAUAAUGGAUACGGAGGGGGGGGUGAACGCUUCGUUACCAUGCAAAGUGAUAGCCAUGGUGACGGUGAAAGGAGUGAAAGUAGUCUGCAGUGUUGUGUUGCCGCCGGAGAGAGGCAUUGGCGGAUGCACGGGAGGAGGAGUGUGAUAUCUGCAGGUCCCAGUGUCCAGUUACAUAAUAUCAGAUGGGAGUGUCAGAAUAAAGGUCCUCGACGGAUUAGGUUGUACUAGAGUGUCAGUUAUACCAGGUGGUGGACCUACUAUCUACCAAGCAUAGCAACAUGUAUUAGCUGACACGUAAUGGACACCUCCAAUGUUAAUUGGGAAUAAGAAUGAAGAGGAAGUUUUAUUCGUGGGAAGAGUGCAUGAAUCUGAGAGAAGUAAAGUCCCUGAAGAAGCUGAAUCAUGCCAACGUGGUGAAGUUAAAGGAAGUCAUCAGAGAAAACGACCACCUGUACUUUGUCUUUGAAUACAUGAAAGAAAAUCUCUAUCAGCUCAUGAAGGACAGGGAAAAUAAGAUGUUCACUGAGAAUGAAAUUAGGAACAUCAUGUUCCAAGUGCUGUCUGGUAUGGCGUUUGUGCACAAGCAUGGAUUCUUCCACCGGGAUAUGAAACCUGAAAACCUGCUCUGCAUGGGCCCAGAGCUAGUCAAGAUAGCCGACUUUGGAUUGGCCAGAGAGAUCCGCUCCCGCCCCCCAUAUACGGACUACGUGUCCACAAGAUGGUAUCGUGCCCCAGAGGUGCUGCUCAGGUCGUCCAUCUACAGCUCUCCCAUAGACAUGUGGGCAGUGGGCUGCAUCAUGGCUGAGCUCUACACACUUAGGCCUCUGUUCCCCGGGAACAGCGAGGUGGACGAGAUCUUCAAGAUCUGCCAGGUUCUGGGGACAGUCAAGAAGUCUGACUGGCCGGAAGGAUACCAGCUUGCCUCAGCCAUGAACUUCCGCUUCCCUCAGUGUGUGCCCACCCACCUGAAGACCCUCAUCCCCAACGCCAGCACAGAGGCCAUCGCCCUGAUGAAGGACCUGCUCAUGUGGGACCCUAAGAAAAGACCCACGGCCGUGCAGGCUCUGCGGUACCCUUACUUCCAGGUGGGUCAGGUGUUGGGGCCUCGGCCCGGGAGUGAGAUACGCAAGGCCACGGUGAGGACUCAAUCCCGAGGCUCAUCAGAGCCCAAAGGUGAGCUGCAGUCGUCUUCAGCAGACUCCUCUGCCUGGACGUCUCAGGACAACCACCCCAAAGCUUCCAGCAGACACCACCAGGCCCCCCAACAGCCCCUCCAGCAGACAGACCAUCAGAUUGACCAGACAUCUCCACAUGGCCAAGUCACUAACUCCAACACAAAGCCAUCUGUCGUGGUGGGGACUGGGAGUGAGAACAGUGCAGCGGUGGGUCUGAAGAGCGGGCGGAGGCGCUGGGGCCAGACAGUGGUAAAGGCAACAGAGAGCUGGGAUGAGUCAGAACUUUCUGAGAACUCCGUGUCCCACUCCAAGAAACCCAGCCUGGGCUCAGAGGAGGAGAAGGGCCCCAAGGACCAUAGUAAUCCGCAAUGCAAAGAGCAAAAACCGAUAUACUCCUUCAGCACUGUUACUAAGUUACCAAGCAAUAUUAAGAAGGGCCAAAUGGACUCCAGUCUCCCGGGCUCCUCAGCCAGACAACAUUACCUUAGUCAAUCAAGAUAUCUGCCUGGGUUGAUCGGCAAGAACUCUGUAGACAAGGAGCCCAGUGGGCCGACACUCCGAGAUCUGUGGGACAACUCCACCAAUGUCAACAGUAAACCCCUCGGCCCCAUUGGAGCGGGUUUGUCCGUCACCAGAGUCAACGCAGAAGACACUGAUAACCCUUCUGAUAAAUCUACGGAUAAAUCUGUUCUAAAAGAAAGAAUACCUGAUUCAGCUAAAGGAAACUUUGUCAGUACAAAGUAUAAUCUGUCCGGAGGUUAUGUUCCCUCCUUUCAGAAGAAAGAGGUCGGCUCUGUGGGUCAAAGGAUCCAGCUUGCUCCUCUUGCCGGCCAGCACACAAUUGAUCUUGCUACUCCUGAUAACAAAAAUGUCAAACCAAAACCUUCAAAGACAAAGUCCACCUCCACCAUGCCCAUGAGUGAAAACACUGAAGAUUAUGACGGCUGGAAAAGGAGGGCGGACAAGCCUCAAAUGAAAGGCCAGGACUACUCUGCCCUGGGGAAAACCUCUGGCAACCUUCUGACUAGAGGUCCACCUGUACAGCCAGUCCAUGGGAGGGUAGACUGGGCAUCCAAGUACGGAGGCAAUCGGUAGUGCAUCAAGAGAUGCUAUUAAACCAACUCACAGGUUUAGCCAGUCUUUGCACUGAGAAGGAAAACCUUUUGUAGCUCUGCUCUGAAUUUUACUACCCUCAGUGAAAGUACUCCUGAAAGACCUCCAAUACAUUAUUACAACUAAGUAACACAUGUACUGGGAUGUCCAAGGAGAUAUAUACAUGUUGUUUGUUUUAUACUGGCAUCAUUGGGCGAUGUAUGAAGGCAAGACAUACGCCAGGAGGCCUGAUCCCUGUAACUUCAGAAGAAGACUCGGCGCCAUCUAUCGCAGUGUUUUCCAACUCCAGUCCUUCAGUACCCUCAACAGUACAUACUGUUGUAGCCCCGGACAAAAAUACCUGAUUCAACUUGUCAAGGGCUUAAUGAUCAGUUGACAAGUAGAAUCAGGUGUGCUAGUCUUGGGCCACAACAAAUAUGUUCUUGAGGACCAGAGUUGGGAAACAAUGAUCUACUGUGUGGUCAUUGCUGAUAGACUGGCUGAUAUGGCUGCUCUAAAGUAUCCCUCAAAGAUAACCAUGUCCUGAAGCCCAUUGGGUGUUGUCUGGAUUGAGUCUGAUGCCGAAACAUGACAUUCGUCUUACAAUUGGUUUUAUGAUACGAUUAGAACCAAUAAUGGUGGAUUUUGUAUUUUAGAUUUUUAUAAUGUAGUUAUAUUCUGUUUCUAUUUUUUAACUUUUGUUUACAUUACUCAACUGAAAUGAAAUUCUAUAAGGAAAUGUUUCCUAAAACUUAUUGUAAAGGUUUAUCACUCAUUGUAAUCUCUUGAAUAGCUACUUACUGUAUCAGUGGCUAAAGAAGUGUUGACUUCAGUUAUAUUAUGUAUUAUGACAAUCCACGCUUAAGAUGCAGCUAUUAAACACUGGCCAUUUUUUAAAACCUUUUACACAA